UCUGAUGGACACGCCCUCCGCAGGGAUGAUGAAUGAUGAUGAUGAUUAUGAAAGGCAAAAUCAGCUGACUGUAGCUCUAGGCGGCUUUUACUAAGCAAAACAAGAUGAAGAAGUUAUUUGUGUUGCUGCUCUUCUGUCACGUUACAGCUGCAGUGAAACACUCCCUGAAAUAUUUCCUUACUGCAUCUUCUGGAGUCCCAAACUUUCCAGAGUUUGUGGGUGCGAUGCUGGUUGAUGAAGUCCAGGUUGGUUACUGUGACAGCAACAUCAAGUCUGCAGAACCCAAACAGGACUGGAUGAGAAAGUUAAUAAAGGAUGACCCACAACACCUGGAGUGGUAUGCUCUCAAGUGUUUAGGUAAUCAGCAGGUCUUCAGAGCCAACAUUGACAGCUUGAAGCAACGCUUAAACCAAACUGGAGGUGCCCACAUUUUACAGAGGAUGAACGGCUGUGAUUGGGAUGAUGAGACCGGAGAAGUUGUUGGUUUUAAUCAGUACGGUUAUGAUGGCGAAGACUUUAUUGCAUUGGACCUGCAGACGCUGACAUGGAUCGCUCCAAAACAACAGGCUUUUAUGACCAAACUUAGAUGGGAUGCUGAAAAAGCUAGAUUAGAAUAUAAUAAAAACUAUUACAUCCACAAAUGUCCUGACUGGCUGAAGAAGUAUGUGCACUAUGGGAGAAGCUUCCUGCAGAGAACAGGUUCUCACAUAGAAAAUGUACUGUUAUGUAUGGGCUCAGUGUUCAUGUGGCUGUUCUGUUUCUAAUGCAAUGUAACAUUCAAAUGAAAAGGAAACAAUAGAUUAGAUAUACUUUAUAUACUAUAUUAUAUACUUCUAAAUUUGGAAAUUCCAGUGCUAUAGCAGCUGCAAAGAAAACUCCCCCACACUGUCUAACUUGUAGAAAAUAUAUAAAGUUUAAUAGUUGGCAACGUUUCAGUACUAGACCAUCUUCAGGCAAAAUAGUGCUACAGCAGCAAAAUAUAAGACACACAGCACACAUACAGAAUAUACAAGAAAUAAUAAAUAGGAUAGAAUACAAGGACAACUAUUCAAAAAUAAAGAU